UAUUGUUGCGAUUCGUAAAGGAUUCGUUGGUAUUUGUAUUUUAAAAAGUGUAAGCGAAUAAUUUCUUCUGUGCUAAAGGUUUAUAAGUUAUCAAGUCAAGAAUACAAUAGUGAACAGUUUUCUAACUGUUUAAAUACAUCAUGGUUUUCUAAAUUCAAGAAGUGAAUUUUUUAACUUAAAGUAAGGAUAACUCCAUCCAUCAUGUUUCAAAAGCAAACUUUUGGCGCGGCCAACACUGGUUUCGGAUCAUUCAACGCAGGUGCCAGUACGUCCUCACCGUUCAGCGGGUUUAAGCCCACAGCUGGUACAAGUGCAUUUGGAGCACCACCCGCGUUUGGGGCGAAUGCUACACCCCAGCCUGCCGCUGGAGGAGGUCUGUUUGGUGCCACCAACCCGUCGAGUAGCCUGUUCGGUGGUAAUACUACUACCUCCAGCUUUGGUACCACCAGUGGUUUUGGCUUCGGUCCCAGCACGUCCACAGGCGGUGGUCUUUUCAGCAACACAACCAGCGGUGUUGGUGGUGGCCUGUUUGGCAAUAAUCAGAACAAUGCUGGCUUUGGAGCAAAGCCUGCUGGGUUUGGCUUCAGCAACACAACGAACACCAAUACAACAGGCCUGUUCGGUUCAGCUCCAUCGACGUCCACCGGUCUGUUUGGACAACAGAACACGACCAUGGGAGGUGGCGGCCUGUUUGGGAAUACAAGUGGUGGAUUUGGACAGCAGCAGGCAACGGGUACGGCUCACGUGAAGUAUAACCCUAUGGUGGGGACGGAUGUUGUGGUCAAGAGUGGUACCUCCCAGAAUGUCAAUAUUAAACACCAUUGCAUCACUUGUAUGAAGGAAUAUGAAGGCAAGUCCCUCGAGGAGCUACGCUUGGAGGACUACGUGGCCGGCAGGAAGGGUGCCACCGGUGGUGGUGUUUUUGGUGGAUUCCAGCAGACCGAAAACAAACCUCUCUUCGGUGGUCCCUCCUUCGGUCAACCGGCAACUACCAGUGCACCGAGUUUAUUCGGUACCGGUAUAGGAUCGACGCCCGCUUUCGGACAAACAAACACAUUCUCGUUCGGAAACGCGGCUCAAACGAACACGAAUACGACUGGUCUAUUCGGGGCCAACAAGCCAGCGUUUGGAGCGCCUUCGACUGGCACGGGACUGUUCGGAGCGACGACGACGCAGGCGCCGGCGUUCGGCACGAAUACGUCCACGUUCGGCUUCGGAAACACCACGCAGAAUCAGACUACGGGCGGCCUGUUCGGAGCUAAGCCGGCGACGACGGGCUUCGGCGCUCCGGCCGCCAGUACGGGCUUCGGUGCCUUCGGCAGCGGAGGUUUGUUUGGGGCGAAGCCUCAGCAGACCACCGCGCCCACCUUUGGCUCUACCGCGCCCACGUUCGGCACGACCCCCGGCUUCGGUACGAACACGACGGGUUCGAGUCUCUUCGGUGGCUCGACGUUCGGGAAACCUCCGACGACGCAGGCGACGUUCGCAUUCAACACGCAGCCUACACUAGGAACCGGUCUCGGUGGCGGCCUCGGCACGGCGUUCCAGGCGAAGCCGACCACGCCCGCUUUCGGCUCGCUCGGCGGCAUGGGCACCGGCUCCAUGUUCCAGGCGCCCGCGCAGAAUAACACCUUCCGGACCGGUCUAGACUCGGGGCUGGGGGGCGGCGGCCUGUUCGGCAACACGUCCUCGCUGGGCGGGAACACGCUCGGCCUGGGGCAGCUCAACGCCAACAACACCAGUCUGGGCAGCGGCCUGUCGGGCGCGUCGGCGGCGGGCAACGUGCACGAGCAGAUCCUGUCGCUGGCGGCGCGGCCCUACGGCGACCAGCCGCUCUUCAAGGACCUGCUGCCUGACAAUUCGCGCGCGGAGGACGCGCUGCGCGCCACGAACCCGGCGUGCGUGAAGGCGGCGCUGCAGGGCGCGCACUUCCGCGUCGCGUCGCCGCCCUCGCGCCUCGCGCUGGCGCCGCGCCCCGUCGCGCACGACCGGAAGUCGCUCUUCGAUGGCCUAGAAGAAUCGGACGCCAGUCUAGAGGAUAAGUUGAGUUUGAAACCGAGCCGGAAACGUUUAGUUCUCAGACCGAACACACGUACCGACGACGAUGUCGCGAGACACGAAAAUAACGGAUCAAUCGAAGACACAUCCAGACAAGAUGUGAACAACCAAGAGACGAGAGAAAAUCAAGAUCCGAAGGAUUACAUCUCGCAACGAGCGGAGAGGGAGAUGAUGAAACAGAGACACGUCGAUAACAACAACGUAGACUCGAAUUCCGAUAGACACGGCAGUUGGCUCGACUCGUCCCAAACUUGGUCAGAGAAAGGAAAGAGAAUUGAAUCUGGCGAAUCGUCGCCGAGACUGUAUCCGAACUUAGAUAAAGAGUUACCAGCGCAAGUACCGGAGAGACGGGCGAGCUGGUUAACAACGAAACCACUGAGGAAGCCGCUGGUGUCGAAUCCCGAAUCCGCCGAGAACUCCGUCAGAGAAUUGGGCGUGAGAUCAGAUCGAAGCGCUGAGGACAAGGAGAACAUCGACACCUUAUCUGUUUCCGAGGAGGAGAACGUCCCGACGCGGGAGAUGCCGCCGCAUCCGGCCGGUGUGAAGCUGACGAGACCCGGGUACUACACUAUACCGUCGCUGGAGGAAAUUACGAAGUAUAUGCGGCCGGAUGGUUCGUGUAUCGUCCCUCACUUGACGAUCGGACGUCAGAACUACGGCAACGUGUAUUUCGACUGCGAGAUCGACGUCGCCGGAAUGGAUCUUGAUGCACUCGUUCACUUCCUAAACAAGGAGGUCAUAAUCUACCCUGAUGAUGAACACAAGCCGCCGGUGGGAGAGGGACUCAACAGACGAGCGGUUAUCACGCUGGAGCGGGUCUGGCCGCGCGACAAGACCGAGAAGCGACCGGUCACCGAGCCCGACAGGCUACAAAAGAUGGACUACGAGGGGAAAUUACGACGCGUUUGCGACAAACACGACACGAAGUUCAUUGAAUACCGACCGCAGACAGGGAGCUGGGUGUUUCGGGUGGAGCAUUUCAGUAAAUAUGGUCUCACGGAUUCGGACGAGGACGACUGGAGCGAGUCCGUCGUCGCGAGGAUGGCCGUCGGGCGGACGCACUCCAACUCUACGCAAGAUGUGCUGUGCCGGCAGCUGGCCAGCCUGCUGCAGUUCUCGUCGUUCGCGGAGGCGGCGCCCGACGCGUGCCCGCGUCUCGACGUGCAGCGCGAGCCCGCGCAGCGCCGCCGCCUGCUGCGCCGCUUGCUGCGCGACGCCGCCGACGCCGCCGCCGCCGCCGCCGCAGCCCCGGCCCCACAUGGGGGCGCUGCGUACGGCAUGUCGAACGAAUACUGCUUGCAAGUUUGGAAGCUGUGUGAAGCGCUCUGGGGAGAUGAUUUGGAUAACGAUGGUGUGCCCGGUAUGGACGAGAAGUCGAUAGUGAAUCGUCACAAGCGUCUGCUGGACUGGUUGAAGGAGUCCGUCUCGGACAUAACGGAUAAGGAACUCGCUGAAACUACACCCGGAGAACCAGAAGAUGAGAGCGACGGGCACAGCGCUCGCGUGUGGGCGCUGCUGGCGGGCGGGCGGCUGCGCGAGGCGUGCGCACUCAGCCGCCAGCACGGGGACCUGGCGCUGGCUGCGUUGCUGGCUCAGCACGAUGAUCCAGCCUUCAAGUCGCUGGUUGCCCGUCAGCUGCGCGUGUGGCAGCAGUGCGGGGCGGAGUCGCUGGUGGCCGGCAGCCGGCUGGCCACGCUGCACGUGUUGGCGGGCCUGCGACCCGAGCGCCACCUGCAGCGACUCGACUGGCUGAGGGCCUUUGCGGUUACUGCACGGUACCUCUGCCCUCAAAUUCCCACUCUGGAGCAAGUGGUCCGCACUUACGAGGGCUACUUCAGUUCGGAGCCGGAGGCGGACCUCCACACUCUGCCGGACGAUGAAAUGGGGAUGCAGUUUCCCUUGCCGCCGUAUCUCGACCAGUACAGCGUCACCACAGCGAGCGGCGGCCGGCGGCGCGUGCUGGACGUGCGCUACGAGCUGCUGCGCGCGCGCGCCCUCAACGCGCCGCCCGCGCUCGCGCCCGCCACGUGCUCGCGCGACCCCUUCGACUUCUCCCUCAGCUUUCCGUUGGCUUCGUGGCUGGGAGUGGGCAGUUCGUGCGUGGUGGGCGCGGCCGAGCAGCUCGAGGCGAGCGGCAACUGGCACCUCGCGCUGCAGGUGCUGGCCUACCAUCGGGACGAUAACGCCCGCAGUCACCUCAUCCGUCAGGUGCUCUCUCGUCACGCACCAUCUCAAGUUGAAACGCCGGAAAUGAAGGAACGCUUUGAUCUGAUCAAGAAGCUGAAGAUCCCGGAGAAGUGGGUGCUGAUAGCUCAGGCCAAUAGAGCCAAAUACGAGCAUAAGCCUGCGUUGGAAGUGGAGUACCUGGUUGGCGCUGAGCAGUGGAAUGCAGCUCAUCGAGUACUGCUCAAGGAACUGCUCCCCGACGCGGUGCUGGCCGAUAACCUCCAAAGCAUAAAGGGUAUACUGGAGAAGAUGAACGACGCGGCCGACAGGCACGAAGUUAGCGGAUGGGAGACCGGGGGGCAGGCCCUCUACCACUACCUGCGGGUCUGCGACGAGAUCCGCGGGCUGGUGCGCUGCGCGGGCGCGGCGGGCGGCGCCGUCUGCGCGCGCCUCGAGGCGCUGCGGCCCGCGCUCGCCGCCGCCUGCCGCAGUCUGCGCGGCCUGACGCCGCGUUCCCCUCGGCACGCUGCGGCUCGCGCGGAGAUGGGCGCCCGACUGGUGCAGCUGGCGCUGGCCGGCGGGGAGCCGCCCCCGCACCUGGCGGCGCUGCUCGCGCAGCUGCGUCUGCCGCCCGACUGCGCCGCGCGCGCCGCGCACAGGAUAACGACGGACAUGGCCGAGCGCGCCUCGGAGCUGUGCGUGGAGUCCGCGCCCUCCCCCGAGUCCUCGCAGCGAGCGACCGCCGUCGAGACGUAGGCCCCCUUCGGCACGGCGCCGGUACACGACCCGUUACUGAGCGAAGUCGUGCAAAAUUUCACGUCAACAGUGUAGAUAUAAAGCAGGUGAACUGCGAAGCCAAAAAUCUCCUCCAAAAGGCGCUGCAUCUUCUGAUAAGUUUAAUGUACAUUGGUUCAGUAAUUUUUUAUCAGUUAGAGCUUACAAAACUUAACGUCUAAUUUUUUAGUACAUUAACAUAACGUAAAUUAUUUUCAUGUUAUCGUUUGGUAAGGGUUUUGUGAAUGUAUGUAAGUUUUGAUGAUUUUAUUAAAUGGUAUGUUUGUAUUCGGAUUCAAUACGUCCAUACACACGAAACUAGUGUUGUUACAAUGAUGUUCGACGCGUCGGGGAGCGUCGCUCGACGCAAAUGUUAGUUUUAAUAAAUACGUGUUUAGUUUUCACGCUUAACUAUAUUCUAAUGGCGAGUGGAUUAAAUAUAUACAGAUAGAAGUCCAUAGGGUUUUCUAAUACCUCAGCAUUGUGCUCUACUGACAGUUCUCGAUAGAUAUAUCUUUAUUUAUAACACAACACUAUGACCACUUUACUUACUUAUAUACACUUUAAUUUUACUUCCAAAGUUCCGAUAACAACUGUCGUUAAUUCAAGGUCAAAUUUGUUUAUUUAUUA